GCUCUUCUUCUUCUCUCACUAUUUUACUGAGUUUAAGAUUCAUCCACAAUCUCUUAAAUUUACAUAGUUGUUACCUGCAUCAAUUUCUUUUCACCAAACAUAGGUAAUGACUAUGAUUUAUUAUCACAAAUCUCUAUCAUGAGGGCUUUUUACUCUUCUUCCUAAAAGUUUGAUUAUUGCUGAGUAAAAAAUUGAGGUUGAUGGCAUUUGCAUUUCUUUGUUUUCUUUCUUGUUGAAGUUUAGAUUUUUAUUCACGUGGCACUUGCAAUCCUCUACCAAUAUAGUGUUGAAAAAAGAGGUUGUAUAGUUUUGUUUUAUUGAAUUUUGAUUCAAUUGAAUUGUAUCGACUUGAAUCUUAAAACAUUAUAUACCUAAAAAAUUGAAGAUACUUCAUCAUAUACAAAUUAUAAUUGCUGUGUCUUCAUAUUUUAAAAUUAUUUUUUAUCCUCUAUACCAUAAAACAAAUGAGUGAUUGUUGGAACCACAAUCUGAUAAAUGAACUAGUACAUGCUAAUGAUUUUAUUGUAAACCAAGCCCUUUUACUUUGAGAAAAUGUUUUAUUUCAUUUUUAUCUAUUCUAAACUUUCUUUUCAGCUAUAUGUUAUUUUUUACCAAACAUAUCCUAAAACUAAGGAUUAUUACAAGCUAAUGAGUUAGUUUUUCAUUCAUUAUUGACUUUUUGUCCUUAUAUACAUAUGAAGCACAAUGUACUAGGCUAGGCUACCACAUGUUCAUUAUCCUUUAGGAUAAGUUAUUAAACAAACUAAAAAGAGAAGAGGCGAUGAGUUUUAUAGGGCAAACCAUGUUAAUGGCACUAACAGUUACGGUAAACAAGUAUACAUCAUCCAAUGUUCAAGCAGUUCAUAAUAGAAAACAAGCAAACCCAACUUUGAGAAGCACCAACAUGGAAUUUGGAAGGAGAGGACUCGUCUUAUCCAUUGUUAUCGCCGCAACCGCUACUCAAGACCCUGAGUCAAGGACAUUGCUUCUUCAAAAAUAUUUGAAGAAAACACAGGAAAACAAGGAGAAAAAUGACAAAGAGAGGGUUGAUAGUAAUUACAAGCGUAAUUACAAAGAUUACUUUGAGUUCAUAGAAGGGGGUUUGCAAGCAAAGGAGGAGGGGAAGCUUUCAGAAGCAGAAAAGGGUAUCCUUGAUUGGCUUAAAGCUAACAAGUGAUACAGUAUUGUUUUUUCUCAAUUGCUAGAGUGGCUAGCUACUUUUCAUUUUUCUAACUGCUGCUCCAAUGACAUUCAAUUCUACACCUUAAAAUUGGACAUUAUAUCCAUGUAGUUGCACUCACCACCUAGCUUGUAAAUUUUGAUUUUCUGUUGGGAAAUUCGGAUAUGGUACAGUUUUUUUCUUGCAAGGUUUUGUAUGAAAUUUGCUUGCAAACCCCCUUCUAUGAA